AUGCAGGGCGCGGGGCACCCGCGAUUGCGCGAGUCUGCGGGGCGAGGGGACGCGCGGGACGAGAGGACUGGCCCGGUCGACAGCUGCGACGCAUCUGCCGAUUCAGAUAAUCAAGAGCCAGUGUUGUUCUGCAUAAAGGUCUGUCCAUUGUACUGCUCCCCACGAAGACAUGACGAGGAUGCAUCAUCCCUUAUUUACGUCGAUGAACCACCACCAUUUAUACCUAUAGACAACUGGCAUGAACACGAGUUUAUCCCCCACCAUUUCGAUCCGUACUACUUCUGUAAGCCACCGAAGCCUACCACUACCACUACUACACCAGCCCCUACCACAAUGAUGACGACCACAGAAGAACCCUCUUGGAUAUGCAUGGUCUGCAUGAAGAAAUGCACAAAGUAUCCCAAGUCGUAGAAUAAAAACUAGAAAUACAAAAA